CACGUUACUUCCUGAUCACGUGAUGCUAGAAAAUGACAAGGUGGUGAGAAAAGGUCUUUCGUGACUGAAACAGAAGGUUCCGAUUUUUCUGGAAUUCUCUUCAAGUUCGACACGUUGGUACCUGGAGAACGAGCAAAAUACGAAUUACCGGCAUUUAACGAGAACUGACGGUUACUCCUGGGAUUGGACAUAGGAUGGGCUGCUUCUGUAUUUCGGUGUAUUGAGAAUAGAUGCCCACAGACGGCAUUAUUACCUUCACUGACUGAUUGCAGAGAAAGCACUUCGAAAGUGUCUGCACAUUCUCUUGACAACUAUUAUUAAAUGACAGUGCUAACAGGAGGCAGGCCUUGGCAAUGAGUGUGCGUUCUGGUCUCCCAUUGGCUGAGGAGGCCCGUGACGAAGGGAUGGAAAAAGAGGUUUUUUCUCCUGUGCCUCCAUGGAGCCCCUCCUCCUCCUCAUCCUCUCCUUCUUCUUCUCCUCCACCAUCUUUUCUUCCUCCUCUUUCAUGUGCGUCCUCCUCUCUUACUUGUUUAGCGUCUUCUUCAUCCUCCUCCUCCCCACUUGCACCUCCUUCAUCCUUUGCCUUUCCUCUUUGUGCUGCUCCUUCUUCCACUCAUUCUCCUCUCCCUCCUCUUCUGUUUUCCACUCUUCCUCUUUCUUCUGUCUGUUCUCCUUUGACUACUCUUUCUUGCACUUUAUCUCCUGUCCCCUCAUCUCUCCUUCCUUCACCCCCUUCUCAUUCUGUUGUCAGUCCUUGCAGUCGUCCUUUUCCUCUUCCUCCUUUACCUUCUUUAACUCUUCCUCCUACCUCUUCUAUUCCGCCUCCUCCUCCUCCUCCUCCUUCUUCUUGCCUCUGUGCAUCCCUGUUGCCUCGCCUCCUUGCCUCCCACCGGGUGGAGGUGCGGCGAAUCCUGCGGGGGGCACUGGCUUCCCUCAGCCGCCGUGUGUACUCCCUGGAGAGGAAAAGCAGAACAAAAAAUAAAAGGAAAACUGGCAGACAGAAAGAGGAGGUGAUCCAGCCUGGACACCUGGUUCUGCUGCCUUGCCUUCCAGCUCCGCCCCUUCAUCCUGUUGUAGCCCCACCUCUCUCCCACUGGACAUCUCCUCUGUUUUGUCAAAUAGGGAUGGCUCUCCAUCAUGUGCUGUGUCUUCUAGCUUCCUCCAUCCAGAAAGAGAGAGAAGGUGCCUAAAAAGAAAGAGAAGUGAGGAAGCCACUGAGGUGGAGGAUGAAGAGGGGAAGAAAAGCAGACAGAAUGAUGAAAUGGGAGAGGAUUUUAAUGUCAUUAUAAAUAAAGCUGAAGAAUUGGAAAAUGUCAAAGAUGGUUUUGAACACGUGGUGUGUUCUAAUGGAGGACAGGAUGAGAACGUAUCACCGGCUCUACAUGACCUCAGCAGCAAAGAUGAGGCAAGAGCUGACCAAUCAGAGAAGGCCGUCGAGGUUGUUGUGACGAGGCAGAAUGGCUACCGAGAAGACCAUGCGUCACAAGUGUUGCUCCACAGCUCCUUUUCCCAGUGUGCCUUGCACUUCUCUAACCACAGGGAUGCACUUCUCAGCCAAUCAGAUUACUUCAGUAUCUCUACAGGCCAGUGGCGUUUCUCCAACUUCAUCCCUUACGUCUCUCGCUUUUCCAAAGCUGUCCGUGUCUGGCUCCGCCCCUGUUCCUCCUUUAGCCCCAGCAUGAUGCUGAGCUUGUCAGUGGUCGCUAUAGAGAUGUUGACAUCAGACAGGGGAGGAGCUUAUUGGCAACCGUUGCAACCGCUGAAGGACUGGACAUUCCCGCCCAGUGUGGACAGUGACCACUGCUACUUGCGAACGUCCACCUUAAGUUCAUUUUCUGCACACCAACAAUACAAGCACAGGACCAGUCGCAAGGCACGAAGCUUCCACCUCCCACGUCGCCGACCCCUGCCCCUGCCCCCAUGCUCAUCCAAUAGAUCAGCUCCUGUGUUCCCCAGUACUGACCAAUCAGCAGGCAGCGUGAAAACAGAGUGGGGAAAACGUGUAUCGCAGAUACGAAUCCGGAGGGCAACACCGCGGGAAACACCACUGACCCCUAUGGGACUGCCAAAAGUCAAAAGGUUGAAGAAGAAAGAUUUCAGCCUGGAGGAGAUUUACACGAAUAAAAACUACAAAUGUCCUCCUGCUAACAGCCUCGAGACUAUUUUUGAGGAGCCACGAGAAAAGGACGGAGCGCUGCUCCUCAUCGGCCAGCAGAGGAGGCGCAGGGUCCUCCUCUUCCCUGACUUCACUCAACCCAGGAAGAGGAGGAAACAACAAGGAGCAGGGCUCCCUGUUGCCAUGGUGCCCAGGAAACGGGCAGCAGUACGGCGAAAUAGCUAUAGCAGUGGCAAUGAUGAUGAUGCCAACAUUGAUGUGAUGCUGUUGGAGCGACUGAGCGAACUAGAUGACUUCUUGACACAACAGGGCUUGGAUGUUUGAAAUGUGACAUUGCUUCCUGUCAGCUGUCUAAUAGUGACAGACAUACAGAGCUGUCAGGGUGAUUAUUAUUUUAAUACUGUAGGCAUCAAAAUGUGAAUUUCCUGAAAUGAAUCUUUGCUGAAAAACUAUGAACUUUGACAUCUUGAGCUGGAUUGGCACACUCACAUAGUAGAGUAUCUGAAUCCGCUUAUUCCAGUUAAGGAUCACAGGGGAUGGGAUGAGGCCGUUGGUCGACAGGCGGGG